AUGGCUCAGUUUACGACCGCCACAGCGUACCGCGCCGGUCCCAACGGCGCCCCGGAUAAUCAUGCCGACUUUCUCGCCCGAGUCGCUCAGCGAGAGUCACGCAGCAGAGGCACCAAACGACCCGCACUGCUAUCCGCCGAGGCGCAUAAGGAGAACCGAAAGCGGCUGCGGCAAGUGACCUUCGUCAAGCCCUACCACCGUCAUAUCUUAAUCCCCCAGUUCGGUCUUCGCGCGCCCAACAUCGACGCCAAGCCAGUCAUAAGCGCGGCCGGGUUAGAGGUCCUCCUAGUAUUCAACAUGGCGUACGACGAGAGCAUCUUCCCCAGUGAACGGCACCGCAUUCAACUCCCCUACUGCUACAAGAUUAUAUGCUACACCGGGGCGCGACCCGGUGAGCUCGUCGACAACGAGAGGCAAAAGCCUAAAGACGGCUCAACUUAG